AUGCAUCGAGGCCUCACGCCGUAUAAUGCCGUUUGUCUCCCUAUGUGCGGAGUCGAUUGCGGGGCGCGUCGGGGCCGAGCGAGGCGCGGGGAGCGGGAGGCCCGGCGCGCUCGGCGGUCUGGCGGACACUGCGCGCCGCGGCGGGCCGCGGGCCCCGCCGGGGCGUGGCGCCCGGCCCCGGCGCGCCACCCAAUCGCCGCCCGCCGCCGCGCCCCUCCCGCCCCUCCCGCCCCUCCGGCCGCUCUACCGCGCCCUCCGCGCUCUACCGCUCUCCUCGCCGCCCGCCACUCGACCGCGCGCCACCGCACGGACGCGCGCCUCCCGCCGGCUGCGUCGGCCGGGCGCGCUCACACUAUCCUGCCGUGCGCCAUGGUCUGUGUAUGCUAUUCGGCAGGAAUGCACCGAGACGCGGACGACACGCCGUCGGCGUCAAAGUAUGCUCGG